GUCAGAACCGAUGGACAUCGACCAUAACCAGGAAUCCUGGGCCCUCCAUGCCUCAACAGGUUCAGGAAGGCGUGAAUGUCCAGGGAGCGAAUGGGAUGCCACCUUCUCCCCCCGCAUCCCAGGCUGCGAAUCCCGCACCAGCUUCGUCCCAGCUCGCGGCAGGGUCUCUAGAAGACAGGCUGCUGGCGGCCCUCUCCAGAGCAGACAGCCCAAUCAACUCCAACGAUUUAGCCAAGAUGGUCGGUUUCCGCACGAAGAAGGAAAUCAACCCCACACUCUUUGCUAUGCAACGGAAGGGCCUGGUGAAAAAGGUGAACGACGUGCCGCCCCUGUGGCAGGUCGUAGAAGCAGCACGUCUCACCAACCUCCCGCCCUCCCCAGUUUCCAUGGAGGCAGGGGACACGCCCCUGGAAACCUCCACGGCCACCAACAGCUCCCGCAGUUCUCCGUCUUCCUUCACUGUGGACACCGCGCUGCAGAUGCUGGGAGCCCCGGCACAGCCAAGCGUCCAGCCCGCAGAACGGGAUCUCGCUUUGGAAACCCUCAUCGAGCUUGCAAAACGAGAGAACCAGAAGACGACAUCACUUGACCUCGCAAAGGCCCUGGGCUUCCAGACUAAGAAGGACAUCAACCCCACACUGUACGCACUCCAGAAUAAGGGCUUUGUCGCGAAGAUAAACGACUGUCCACCCUGCUGGACCAUCCUCGCUGCAGGAAAAGCACACAUGUCACAGCGAAGCAUCAUGGAAAACACAGCCAGCGGCGCGCCUGCCCCCAAUUUCCAAGACGGACGUUCCGUGAAUGGUACCGGUCAGUUCGCCGUCCCUCCGAGCCCACCCGGGCUGGUCCAGCAAAACUCAGCAUUCCAGGCUAACCCUAACCAGGCAGGACAGGGCGGUGAAGCCACCAACGGAGGACCGGUCGAGCGACAAGCUGCCCCGGUUCUCAACAACGAGACCUUUGCUGCUCUGAACAAGAACCCCAUCAGUGCUCUGAUGGAAUACGCCCAGUCGCGUCACGUCAAGGCAUCCAUCGAAGUGAUCGCAGAAACUGGGCCUCCUCAUAAUCCAAGGUUCACCAUGGCAGCAGUGGUGGGAGGGCGCCAGUUCCCAGCAGUCAUUGCAAAGGCCAAGAAAGACGGGAAGCGGGAGGCGGCGGACGUGGCGCUGCGCACCCUGAUCAGUGAAGGUCACCUUCAGCUGCCUCAGAAGCCCCCCACCCCCAAGAACAACGGUUCUUCACAGCCUGCUCCCACCGAGCCCACCCACUUUGACCGCAUCGCGUCAGUCAGCCACCAGGUGUUCAACAACAUCGUCCUGAACCUGCAGGAGAGCAUCUCCGGCCGGAAGGUGCUCGCUGCCAUGGUGAUGCUCCGUGGCGACGAAGAACAAGGGACUGUCAUUAGCAUAGGCACAGGUAACCGAUGUAUCACAGGGGAGCACCUCAGUCUGGAGGGUCAGACUGUUAACGACUCCCACGCAGAAAUCAUUGCCAGGAGGGGCCUGCUCAGAUACCUGUACCAGCAGCUGCUCAGUUACUAUGACGACCCCGAGAACUCCAUCUUCCAGGAGUGUGACGAGGACUCCAAGCAGCACUUCAAGCUCAAGCCGGACGUGACCUUUCACCUCUACAUCAGCACGGCGCCCUGCGGCGACGGCGCGCUCUUCUCCCUGCACGACACGGAGCAGGUGUCGGAGGUGGAGGAGCCGCUGGAGAUGUCCGACAACAUCCAGCACACGCCCAUCUUCUCUGACCCUGGGAAACAGGGCCUGCUGCGGACAAAGAUGGAACAAGGUGAGGGAACCAUCCCCAUCGACCCUGACACGCCCAUCCAGACGUGGGAUGGCGUCCUGCGCGGCGAGCGUCUGCGCACCAUGUCUUGCAGCGACAAGAUCGCCCGCUGGAACAUCGUCGGCCUCCAGGGGGCGCUGCUGUCACACUUCCUGGAGCCGGUCUACCUCAGCUCCGUCACACUGGGAGCGAUAAGUUGCCCGGGGAAGAACCGCCGACAACGACGGAUCUAUCUUUCCCGCCGACAGAGUAUGAUGUACAUCCACGGCCACCUGACGCGAGCUGUGUGCUGCCGCUGGGCACGUGGAGACGUGGAGCUCCAGUCCCUCCUGCCGCCCAACUACAAACUCAACCAUCCGCAGGUUGGUCGGGUAAUGACCUUUAGGCCCCCUCGGGAGACCGAGAAGACAAAACCCCUUUCCAUCAACUGGUGCCUGGGGCAGGACAUUGCGGAGGUCAUCGACAGCACCAAGGGCAAAUGUGUGGAGAGGUAUGGCUGCCAUCCCGUAUCCAAGGUUUCCAAAUCCUCCCUCUACGUCCUCUUCCGCACUCUGUGCUCCAAGAUGAAUCGUGACGACCUCCUUGCCGCGAAGACCUAUCAUCAGGCCAAGCUGAUGGCCAAGGAGUUUCAGACGGCCAAGGCUGCUCUCUUCGAAAUCUGCGAGAAGAACGGCUAUGGCAAGUGGAUGCAAAAGCCUCCCGAGGAAGAGAUGUUCCAAUUGGACGAUUCCGCCGACCUGAAGUGAACACCUGCAGUUAAGUUGACCAAUAGGGUGGCGGCUUACAUUAAGUGUAUAUACUGGGUCCUUUCAUAGCCUCCUACCUAUAAGCUGCAUAGAUAUGAUUAUAUAUAAAAGUAUGUAUGCGUGAAUGUAUAUUAUGCAUGUUGGUAUAACAUAACUAACAACACAAACCAUCAACUUACCGUAAAUUGCACAAACAUUGUACCCAAGACAUAGAGUAGAUGAAAAGGCCUAGUGUGGAACGAAGCAAUGACUUUGUGCAAUGUCGGCAAACGGUUUUUGUUUGGUGCUGGAGAAUCGUAAUAAGAAAAAAACAUGAUUUGGGAGAAGCUUAAGGGCCCCUGUCUGAAAACAGCUGCGGGAAAAUGGAUGUAAAAUUGAGACUGGUGUGGGGAUGCCUUUGCCAUAGGAAGUAUUCAGGCAAUAACAACACUAAGGAGCAGUAGAACUGUUCCACAAGCUUAGCUUCUACCUAAGCUGCACCCAGAUAUUGUAUGAUACACAGCUAUCCUCACAGCUAGGCAGGAGCAUGUCCAGCUCUAGUGUUAGACAACUGUAGGCAUCUUAUAUUCAUGGAUGUAACAAAGAGAUGCCGAUGACAAAAAGCCAUGUCAACGUAUUUGACGUGUUGACAGAAGCUGGUGAGGUGAUUAUGUGAUGCUUGGAAGUGUUCAAAGAAUGUGUGACGUGCCAGGAAAAUGGGACAAUUUUGGACGACAUCUGGGGAAUUUCUCUACAAUUCCAGUCUGUGUUAUCGUAGUGCAAAGGAUGCUGAGGUGACUGAUGGCACACAGAGAGGCAUUAAACCUUUAGACUCUCCAGUUUGGAGGAAGGAAAAGAUACAAGUGAAGAUGAUACAGAAGUAUCCUAAAGGUCUGAUGACAAGAUAACAGUGUAGCUCCCAAAUAACGAACAAAGCAGCUUCCCUUCUGGAAAAGGGAAGAAAGCUAGUAUGUACUUAAAGAUGUUUAGAGGUGACAAGAAGAGACAAGUACUCAAAGCUUUCCAAAAAGACCUAUUGGAACUUAUAAGAAUCCUCUCUAGUGUUAGAAGCAGAACAAGCAAGAUGGCUUCCAAGGAAGCUAGUGGUAGGAAGAUCAUGAGACUAAGAGAGAGAGUUGUGAAGACAACCACAAAAAGUUGUGGGAAAAUCUUUAUUUUGAUAGCAUAUUUACUGUUUAUCGAUGUGUUUGUGAUGUUCAACCCAUGAUGUAAUGUGAUAGUUUGCCCGGAACUGGGCAAUUUUGUGUGUGUGUUGCGUUACCUGUUACCCCGUCCCUAGCUAAGAUUACCUCUCGUUGUCGUGAAUUGUUGGUUGCACUACUUUCUGGAGACAAAUCAGGCGAACGAGCAGAAAAGGUUGAUCGUAAAAAUUUUCUUCCACGGUGAAGAAUAUUCUUAACUUGUUAUGUUCAAGGUCAAAUCUAGGGUUGAAGGUCAUUAUUUCUGCUUCGGGGUAUAGAAUCGCAGUGACGAUGACCUAAUACUGUAGAGUGCUGUGAUGUGACAUUGAUAACCCAUCUGACAACAAACCAUGUACUCCUGAAAAUACCUAACGUAUACUAAACUGACAUUGCCUCAGAUUCCAGGAGCCAUUCAGUACUGCUUUUUCCCGAAUAGAAAAUUAAGAUUU